AUGGAAGAGAAAAAGCCUGCCAGGCAGCCACUACGGGUCGUGAUUCUGCGGCUCCCGGCUCGGGGACAGGUCUGGAGCCUCCAAGGAGGGGGACAGGGGCACACACGGAGCCGCGUCCUCACGUUCUGGCUCCGCGGAUUCCGCAUGGGCGGGAGGGUAGGUGUGUCUGCCUGGUUCAGGCAAGAGGCGCGCCUGUUACCUGCGACAGCACUCCCGACCAGGGACAGCGAGCUUGGCGGCACCCGGGGGCUCCUGUGUAGACGAGCAGACCUAGAGGGGACCAGGGAAGCUAUGUCGAAAACGAAGAGGGAGGACUCCACCGACAGAACGGCUCGCAGGCUCGGGGUAAUAGACUCCUGCCCCGUGGAGAGGGACGACGACGACGGGGAGAAGGCGGGCGCGGCUGGGAGAAAGGAGAAACCGGUCGAGCAGGGCGAAGAGCGAGGCUCGCGGGCUGGAGCCAGCACAAGACACGCCUCCCUGCCGCACGCCCCUCGGGGCUGCGGAAGUCCUCCGGAGACUGGAGCGGCAACGAAGCGUCCCGUGGACUACCAUUCCCAGAAGGUGGUGCGGCGGUACGCCUACGACUCCCGGCAGCCCCCGCGCGCCAGGCUCUCUUCAGCGCGCUGCUUCUCAGGGAGAAACUACAGUUCCCACGAGGCCUCGCGCGAGGCGGCUUGGAAGUGGGCAGCCUGGAAGUCACUCGGGCCACCGGAGCUGGCGGCGUCUCUAGCGAGCCGCGCGGUGCCGGACGCCGCGGUCGAGGAACCCGCGGGGCGUGCAGGCGGGACGGCUAGGUGCAUCGCCUUUGACCUUCACACUGCCUUUGACCUAGACUCUCGUGAGACCUGAAAGGCACACCAGUGUCCGGGGUAU